AUGGCCUAUGCUGCUGCCGCAGGCGAUGUCUCCAUCAUUCGCCAGCUGUUGUUGGUCGGUGCGGAGUCUGACACGCCGAACCUGGAUUUCGCUACACCAUUGCAUCUUGCAGCGCAGCAUGCCAAUACCGAGGCCCUCCAUAUUCUGAUUGAUGGAGGUGCAGAUGUUAAUUCUCGGGAUCGAACGUCAGAGACCCCGUUGCAUAAGGCAUCGUAUGCCGGCAGCAGCGCCUGCGUGCGAGCGCUCUUAGACCACGGUGCCGAUUGCAAUGCAGGUACCCAGUCGGGCAUGACUGCACUGAUGUACGCCGCUAUGCAACGAGAUCUUGGCGUUGCGCAGGAACUCUUAGAGCGCGGGGCUGACGCGAGCAAGACGAGCCACGACGGGCUUACAGCCUAUACCUACGCGGCUAUGUUGGUCGGUCCUCCGCCCGCCAUCAUCGCGUGA